AGAGAAGAUUUCUGGCCUCGGUUACUUUUAUGGUCAGGAUGUCUGCUGUUAUCUGGGAUUUAAAAUGGAGUUACAGUUUGAGCGGCUGACCCGAGAACUGGAGGCUGAACGCCAGAUUGUAGCCAGCCAGCUGGAGAGAUGUAAACUGGGCUCAGAGACUGGAAGCAUGAACAGCAUCAGUUCAACUGAAGAGCAGUUUCACUGGCAAACGCAAGAUGGCCAGAAGGACAUUGAAGAUGAGCUCACCACUGGCCUUGAACUGGUGGAUUCUUGUAUUCGAUCUCUGCAAGAGUCAGGAAUCCUUGAUCCGCAGGACUAUUCAACCAACGAAAGGCCCAGCCUCCUCUCCCAGAGUGCACUUCAGCUCGGUUCCAAACCUGAAGGGUCAUUCCAGUACUCCUCUAGCUACCAUAGCAACCAGACCUUGGCCCUCGGGGAGACAGCAGCAGCCUCACAGCUCCCAGCCCGAAGCAGCCAGCCCAGAUCCGCUGUGCAGAACUACAGCCAGAUUCACUACCUUGAAUAG